UUUGUUUCAAACUGACUUUCUCUAUGGUUGCUGUCCCUGCUUGGGCUCUGAGGCGUGUUCUUCGAAUAGGCUACUUUCAAAAAAAUCUGAAAGAAGAACGCAUGAAAGUGUACUUUGUAUGAAAAAUGUCGCCUCUGAAAUACUCGACGACCGUCAUCUGCGCCGUGUUCAUCGCCAUCGGAGCUGCUUCAGGUGAAGAAGUGAAAAUAUUUGGUGUAGUUGGUGGUAGAGUGUCUUUUCGUCCAACCAGCAUAAAUCCUCCUUUCACCAGCAUUAUAUGGAAACACAGAAACAGCAUUGGACCUGUUGUAAAAGCGACUGAAUGGGAUGAAGAUGGUUUUAACACCCCGAAUCAGAGAUUCAAAGGCAUCACAACUCUUGAUAAGGAGACUGGAGAAAUCACUAUAACUAAUUUAAAUUUCGAACAUAGUGGACUUUAUACCAUCGACAUCAACAGUAAAGAGCAGGAACAAAAAUUCAACUUGGAAGUGUUGGCGGCGCUCCCCAAACCUGAGAUAAAAAUAGAGAAGAUUGAAAUUAACCCUAAUGCUGUGUAUUUAAUAUGCGAGUACAGUGAAACGAUCAUCUGGAAGAAUUCUGCUGGAGAAACACUGAAGGGCUCACCCCACAGUCCGAAAGGAGAACUUAUCAAAGUUGAAAAACAAGGAAAUCCAGAUGUCUUCUACACAUGCACGCUCAAGAAUACAGUGAGUGAGAGCACCAGUGAUCCGGUCUAUGAGAGAGAUCUGUUUGAAGAGAGUGGACAUUGGUGGAUAGUUCUCAUCGUGCUCUUCCUAAUCUUGAUAGCCCCCCUUAUUGUUUUUGUUCUCCUGUAUAAGUUCUGGCCACAGUUUCAUGAAAUUGUUUACAACCAUUUGAAAGGCAAACCUUGUAUAGGAGCGAUUUUGGACUGUCUGGAUGGAAAUAAGAAAAGUAUGUCAUUUUUUCAUUCACGUGUUUAUCAUUUGCCCUAA